UGUAAACAUGUCAGAGCACUGGCAGCGAUGAGGAGGAGGGAUCCCUGCUGCAGUGUGCAGGAAUGACCUUACCCUGAGCUGCAAGGAUUUACGCUGCACACAGGAAAUGAUGACACGGCCUCGCUGAGGAUUGUGCGGAGGAAUAAGGUCACAGCAGCUGUGCAGGAAUAGUGCAGGUGCAGCAGGCUGAAUGCCAACGAUGCAGCCAGAGCAGCAGCGCGCCAUCACCAGCAGCCGCCUGUAAGUACCCGGAGCCUGGAUGUCACACACUGCUUCCCCCAAGAGGAGCACCGCCAUCUGCUACCCUGUUAUCCCUCCCAGGUACUGACUGUCUAUAGAAGAGGAGAACGCAGAUCACUCACCAUUGGACUUAACUCUGCUUUCCGCCUUCAGAAAUCAUGUCUGGGAACUACGACGACGCAGUUGGGGUUGAAGUGUCAAGCGACAGCUUCUGGGAGAUCGGCAAUUACAAGCGCGCAGUCAAGAGGAUAGAUGACGGACACAGGCUCUGCAACGAUUUAAUGAACUGUAUACACGAGCGGGCAAAGAUAGAGAAGGGUUACGCACAGCAGCUGACAGAAUGGGCGAAGAGGUGGAAGCAGCUCGUGGAGAAGGGGCCACAGUACGGCACCGUGGAGAAGGCCUGGCAUGCCUUUAUGUCCGAAGCAGAAAAAGUCAGCGAACUCCACCUAGAGGUGAAGAACGCGCUGAUGAAUGAAGACUUUGAGAAGGUGAAGAACUGGCAGAAGGAGGCCUACCACAAACAGAUGAUGGGCGGCUUCAAAGAGACCAAAGAGGCUGAAGAUGGCUUCAGGAAAGCACAGAAGCCGUGGGCGAAGAAACUGAAAGAGGUGGAGGGAGCUAAGAAGGCCUACCAUGCCGCAUGUAAGGAGGAGAAAUUGGCCAUCUCCAGAGAGACCAACAGCAAAGCCGAUCCCGCUCUCAAUCCCGAGCAACUGAAGAAACUUCAGGACAAGGUGGAGAAGAGCAAGCAGGACUCUCAGAAGACCAAAGAGAAAUACGAGAAGGCCCUUAAGGACCUAGACAGCGCCACUCCGCAGUACAUGGAGAACAUGGAACAAGUGUUUGAGCAGUGCCAGCAGUUUGAGGAUAAGAGACUCCGCUUCUUCCGUGAUCUACUCUCCGAUGUUGAGAAACAUCUUGAUCUGUCCACUUUGGACAGUUAUUCCAGUGUAUACAGAGACCUGGACUACUCCAUAAAGUCGGCCGACGUUCUGGAGGACCUCAAGUGGUUCAAGAACAAUCACGGGCCGGGGAUGUCUAUGAACUGGCCCCAGUUUGAGGAAUGGUCUGCCGACCUAAACCGUACGCUGAGUCGAAGAGAGAAGAAGAAGCCCGCCGAAGGGGUCACUCUCACUGGAAUCAGUCAGGCGGGCGAGGGGUCGCUGCAGAAUAAACACAGCAGCCAUCUUAGCGUCCAGUCAGUACAGUCCACACAGUCGAGUAACAACCCGUUCGAGGAUGAGGAGGAGACGCCCAGUAUCAUUGAGAAGGAGGACAGUAAAACGAAAAACGUCAGCAGCUAUGAGAAGAGUUACCCCACAGAAUGGUCGGAUGACGAGUCCAACAACCCCUUCACCAGCAGCGACGCCAAUGGAGACAGCAACCCGUUCGACGAGGAGGCUGCCGGAGGAGUAGAGGUCCGGGUCAGGGCACUGUACGACUACGAGGGGCAGGAGACGGACGAGCUCAGCUUUAAAGCUGGAGAAGAGCUGACAAAAAUAGAAGAUGAAGAUGAACAGGGCUGGUGCAAAGGACGUCUGGACGGUGGACAAGUGGGGUUGUACCCUGCGAACUAUGUGGAGGCCGUGCAGUGACCCCGGAGUGACCCCCGCCGCCUCCAGCGUGCACCUAGUUCUCGUAAUAACCUGUAAUCUGUUCACUGGGAUGAGUUGAAUGCGACAUAACCUGUAUAUAUUACAAUGUAAGGAAGAUGCGGUUGACACUAGGAAUGACUUUGCAUACAUUCGGUAGAACUGGGAAUCUUGAUGUUUUUUAUUUUAUUGUUUUUGUUUAGUUUUUUUCUUUCCUCCUUUUUUCAAAGUCUGAAUCAGCACAUUGAGGAGACACGGCCCCCUGCUUUGUUUUCUUGCUGUUGUUUUUUUUUAAAUAAUUUUAUUAUCGGUCGCUGUUGUGGACGGUGCCUUGCAUUGAUCCUGCGCAUUCAUGUAUCCAUAUGACUUGUUGUUAGAAGUGACCUUUUCUGUAAUGUGGAAUAUAUAUUUUUUUAAGCGUUGCAGUUCUGUAUUUUUUUUUUUUUUAUGAAGAAAUUGUCUUAUUUAAUGUUGGGCGGGCGGACAUGAUUUAUAUUUUUUCCUUUUUUCUUCUAUUCUUUUCUUUCUCCCCCCCCCCCCCCCCCCUAUUCCCCUAUUCCCCUGCAGGAGAGAUCGCUACACCUCUUCCAGUAUGAGAAAUAUAAAUAUAUAUAUAUAUAUAUAUAUACACACACACACACACAUGCAUUUAAAAAAAAGUGUGUGUGUAUAUAUAUAAUAUAUAUACGUGUAUAUAUUUGAAAAAAAAAAAUGAUAUAUAUAUAUAAUAUACACUAUCAAUUAUAAGCUUUGGCUUUAUCACCUAAUACAAGACUCCAUAGGGCUAGAAUAUUGCAGCAAUUGAUACAGUUUCAUAAACAAGGCAGAAGCGGAUACAAAAGUUACUAUUUACUUUUUAGACUGGUUUCACACAAGUGUAAUACGGACGCAAUUUUUUUUCUUGACCGCGGUUUUAUCUUGACCGCAGAUCUGAUAACCUGAACUGUUAGGUUGGGACUUGCAUUCGUAAUAAAGAUACCAAAAUGUGUCCGUAUUAUUCUACUUGUGUGGUCUGGAAACAAACAUGCAGUCUUCUUUGUGCCAAACAGUAGUGCAGUGUUUCCCAACCAGGGUGCCUCCAGCCUUCGGCUGUCUGGGCAUGCUGGGAGUUGUAGUUUUGCAACAGCUGGAGGCACCCUGGCAGGGAAACGCUGCAGUAGUGGAUGCAAAAGAAAGGAAUAGUAUCGAUCUUUCCUUGCCGGCUUCAGGUGAGUGCAAUAUGGCCGCUCUUUAUGCGGCUGUGCUACAAAAGUGAGCCCUGGCCCGACCACUGGUCUGAUCACUCACCACGACAGCAUCAUAGAUCCAAUGCCGUAGUGUAGUUAGAUUCGCAGUCAGGCCGGGACCUGCAGUCAUAAUAGGGAUGCAAAAAAUGGAUGUUUUAUGUUUAUCCGAAACUGGCCUUAUACUUAUCCUGCCUUCUUUUGAAUCCACUUCUGACUCUGGCUCGAGAAAUUGCAGAAUAUAUAAAUAUAGAUUGCAAAUAUAUAUAUAUAUUGCAAAAAAAAUAUGUGUGUGUAUGUAUGUAUGUGUAUAUAUAUAUAUAUAUAUAUAUAUAUAUAUAUAUAUAUAUAUAUAUAUAUAUAUAUAUAUAUAUAUCAGAGAGAAAAAAAUUAUAUAAAAUUAGUCCUGCCUUAUUUAUUUUCUCUUUAAACAUACAAAAUACUAUAUAACUGUUACAGUAAAUUGUGGCAGGGUUCAAUAACCUAAUUCUGAGUCAUUGUCUCCCACCCCCGAAAAAUUUUAUAAAUUUAAAUAAAAAUGUGUAUUUAUUUAGUUUUUUUUUUUAAAUAAUUUUUUUUUUAAUUAUUUUUUCCCUGGCCAGCAAACGUGCCAGUCCUACAACCAAUUCUCACUCCCGUCUUCUACCAGUGUCGCUUGAUAUCCAGACCUCCAGUAGUAGGCGGGGAUUACUUGGAAAAAAAUCGAUUACCGAUCAGGGAUUAUUAUUUUUUACAUUUUUUUUUUUAACUCUUUGCUUUCUCCCGUCAUCUUAUGAAACAUUCCCUUGUGUUGUACAGAUGAUCUGAUUUACAGGUGUUUAUUUUUAUUAUUAUUGUGCUUUCUUUUUUUUCUUCUUCUUCCCCGCUUCCUUUGUCCUCUAUGGUGAUGCAAGCCUCUCCUUCUGUUAAAUUUUUUUUAAGUAUUUUUUUUUUUAAAGUUUUUUUUUCCCCUGUUGGUCAGAGAUACAAAGUAUUACACGAAAAAUCCCUUUUUUAUUCCUAGGACCAACCGAAAACCAUGCACAUAUAUUUAUUCAGAGCUUGUAACGGUGGGAAAGGGCUUAAUGGGUUCACCUCAGACUCCACCUUACAUAGACUUGAUGCAGAACCGAGCUGAUCUAGUUUUACCAGUUACAUCAAUGGCUUCACAUGUGUCAAGACUUUCUUCAUGUCGUCAUCUACUGUACGAGUAGCCAAACGCUGUGUUAGAGUAAUGUGCGUUUGUGUCUAUAUAAAUUUAAAAAAAUAAAAUUACAAAAAAGAAAAAAAAAAUAUGUAAAAAAUCUACAUAUUUAUGCCUCUAAAAAUAUAUAUAUAUAUAUAGAUCUAUAUAAAGCAUUGACUAUAUCGGAGAGAAUCCUCUAAAACGCAUGUCGUCUCGUGGAUUUCAUUGACAGACUAUGCUUGAAGACUGUUAACAAUUCUAGACCUUCCAUCCUUCCUAGUUUUGCUGUAUCAUAGUCUUUAAGUAUUAUGUGAUUCUGGGGGGGGGAGAAAAAAUAAAUAAAUAAAAAAAACUCACAAAAGCAGACAAAAAAAUAAUAAUUUUAGUAAUAAACUAAAGGAAAAAAAAGAAAAAAGUGUUGUGAAUAUGUAAUUUGGAUAUUUGGUGACUUGUAAAAAAACAAAACAAAAAAAAAACCUUCUCAGUUCUGUGUGGAUUAUCUUGUAGCGAAACACUGUAACCGUCUUCCACAAUGUCUCGGAGAAAAAGAGAGAGAGGGUCUGGGCCAGUGUUUCCUAACCAAGGUGCCUCCAGCUGUUGCAAAACUACAACUCCCAGCAUGCCCAAACAGCCAAAGGCUGUUCGGGCAUGCUGGGAGUUGUAGUUUUGCAACACUGCCCCAACCUGUGGCUGUCAAGCGGUCAGGACAGCCUGUGGCUGUCAAGCUCUCAGGACAACCUGUGGCUGUCAAGCUCUCAGGACAACCUGUGGCUGUCAAGCUCUCAGGACAACCUGUGGCUGUCAAGCUCUCAGGACAACCUGUGGCUGUCAAGCUCUCAGGACAACCUGUGGCUGUCAAGCUCUCAGGACAACCUGUGGCUGUCAAGCUCUCAGGACAACCUGUGGCUGUCAAGCUCUCAGGACAACCUGUGGCUGUCAAGCUGUCAGGACAACAGCUUCACCCACUCUAGCACUGGGAGGGAAAUGGAAACAAUCGUCUGUCCGGACAUGCUGGGAGUUGUAGUUUUGCAACAGCUGGAGGCACCCUGGUUGGGAAACACUGGUCUGGGCGGUGGCACCCAUGGGGUCGGUCUCCAUAGAGUUGACAUUGGCUUUCCUUUACCUCAGGUGGCGAGUGCCAUGGGCCCAGAUAAGUCGAUAAGGAUCGGUAAUCUGGCAGAUACCUUUGUGGUCCUGCAGAUUCUCCCUUACCCUCCCCCUGCACGGAGCAGCUGACCGGCACCUCCUGGGUUAAUGAUGAUGUAUUGUCGAUAGUAUAACGUUUCUAAUGCAUUCAAUGGAAACCUGUUUGUUUGAGGAAAGUCUUUACUGCAUACUAUAGCACAAAUAACUGUACACAAAGCUGAUUUUUGUGGGAUUUCGGGUAAGUUGUGCCACACCAGGAAUCUUGGCUGUAAUCCUAUGAAAAAGAAUACAAAUAUAUUUUAUUGGAAUUC